CCUUCAUUAUUGUUUCCGACGCGCCCUUUUGUCCGCUCGCUCCAUCCCUGUCCCUUGGCCAACUUACCGUCACGUUAUCUCAUGGAGAGUUCAUCCACCGCCGGCGAUCCAACAACCGGCCGUCCGGCCGGCGGAACGGAGCUGAGCUGGUGCCGUGCGGUCCCCAGCGGCACUGGUGUAACAGUCCUCGCCCUCCUCCUCUCCCGCACUCCUGCUCUCCCCUUACUCCGCUCGUCCCUCCGACGCCUUCAGCUUUCCCAUCCCAUACUCCGUGCCCGCCUCCCCUCCGCCGCUGCCUCCAACUCCAGCAAACCUCCUCCCAUCCUCAUCUCCCCCACUCCUUCCGAUGUUAUCGAGCUCAUUCCCUCCGAUCAAGUAUCGCCGAUUACCGCUAACAGAGGUACGCCGCCGGUCUCUUUCAUCGAUGCGAUCCUGGAGCACGAGAUGAGCCGAAACCCUUGGGCUGAACUCGAGGAGGGUAAGUCCGUCGGGCCCUUCUUCGUUUCCGUCUACGAGCUCCAGGAACCUGGUCAUUCUGUGGUCGCGCUGCGUUUCCAUACCGCAGUCUGCGAUCGAAUCGCCGGGAUAGCGAUCUUGAAGGCACUCAUGGGUUAUAUAAGCAGUGGAGGAGGGGCCGAUCGGGAAGGCAGAGAGGACUCCGCUAAGGAGAAAGAAGGGGAGAUUGGUCUGGCGAUAGAGGAUUUGAUCAGGAACGAGGACGCUCGGAAGCCAUUCUGGGCUCGUGGGAAGGACUUGAUCGGUUACUCGCUGAACGGAAUAAGGUCUUCCGUGUUGCGGUUCGAGGACGCCGGUUCCGCACGCAAGUCUGAAUUCGUAAGGUUUGUGAUGGAUGCGGCGGCGACUCGGAGGUUGCUCACCGUGAGUAUGCAACGCCAGCUUUACUAAUUUUGGCUUUUAUGUUUUUAUAUAUCCAUGUGACAUAUUUUUAAUUGCACACCUGACUGCUUUUUAUAUAUCUUCGUGACAUAUUUAACUGCACACCCGACUGCCAUUUG